AAACAACAUUCUUUGGCUAGGCAACUAGGACCGGCAACGCCAUUGCUAUGUUGGCAACGGAAAUACCAUAAAGCUUUGUAAUGGAAAGAGGAACCUAUUUGUUUGUCUUGUUUCUUAGUUAGUAAGAAACUAAAAGUGUUGAAAUAUGGACGACAGUGGUGAUGAAUCACAGAAAUCUGGUUCUGAAGAUGAACCUUUAGUUCCAGAUGUUAUUGACGAAGAGUUCUUUACAUCAUUGUCUUCGAAAAUUACAGAGAUUACCAAAAUUCUUCGGCAAAAGGACAGCCAAGAAAGUGCCGAUAAUGUUCAACGAAUUUACACUUGCUGCAGUAGAUUCAAAUCCGAUUUACAUCAUGAAAAACUUCGCGCAGAAGAACUUCAAACAGAAGUUGAAAAUUGUAAACGUCGAAUGGAAAAAGCUGCGGAAAUAUCACAAUUGGAUCAAGUUACAAUAAACAAAUUAAGGAAAGUUAUAGAAAAGGCUUGGAGAGAAAAAGACAGUGCCCAGUUGCGUGAACAGAUAGCUCAGGAAGAAGUUAUGAAGCUACGAGAUCAAAUUGCGGUUCUUGAAAACGAAGUUUUAAAAAUGAGUGAAAAGAAAGGUGGCCGUGAUGAUAAAAAAGAUUAUGCAAAAGAAAAAGAAAAACUUAACAGUGAAAUUCGUGAACUUAACAAACGUAUCCAAAUUCAAAGAUUAUAUACCACUGAAGUUGAACACAUGACAAAGAAUUUAGAAGAGAAAAACAAAGCUUUGAUAAAAGUUUUGGAUGAAACAUCUUCGGACUUGUACAGCUGUAAGAAACAAUUUGAUGCAGCUACAAAAGACUUAUCGAGCCUUAAAUCAGAAGAAUCUAAGCUCGUAGAUCAAAUUGAACAAUUUAAAUUAAAGAAUGAGCACCUUGUCAAAAACAAAAUUCAUCAAAAUCUCCAAAUUCUUGCUGCAAAAACAAAUUUAGAGCAUUUACAUACCCAACACAAUGCUACCAGCAAUAAACUUGCUAAAGUUAUUGUUGACCUAGAAUAUGCCACAACAGAACGGGAUAAGUUCAAGGCUGAUUUAGCUCAGAAAUCGAAUCUUUUAAAGCUUCGGGAAGAAGAACUCAUCAAAAUGAAGCAAGAAAAUGCAAAUAUUUGUAAAUCUCAAGACGCUUCAGCUCGAAAAUAUUCGUGUGUUUUGGAAGCGAAAAAGAAAGCCGAAGAAGAGAAUUUGAGAAUGAGAUCAAUCAUCAACACACAAGAAAAAGAACUUAAAGGAAUGCGAAAGAUUAUUCAACGUUGUGAAAAUAAUAUUGAGGUCAUAACUAAGGAACGUGAUGUCUUGAAACGUGAUCUGAUUCUCUGCAAUCAAGCCUUAGAAGAAUCUUCUGAACAAUUUCAAGAGGUGCAACAUAAGAAUCGUUCUUUAAUCGAUACAAUUGGACUGUUAGAGCUUAAGCAGAAAAAACAACGUGAUGAGCUCGCCAAGGUUUCGCACGAAAAAUCGAAAAAAGUGGAAGAAAUACAAAGCCUUGGGGAUAAAAUUGAUGCCCUACAAAAUGAAAUCCAUCUGAAGGAAAACUACGAGUUUGAACUUAAACGAAUCAUAACCGAUACUGAAGCAAAGUGUACUUCUCUACAAACGCAACACGAUGUGCUCCAGAAUGAAAAGAAUAACCUACAAAGAUCGCUUCAGUCAGGAGAUGAAGAAACCAAGAAACUUCGAAAACAGAUAGAAGCUCUUAACAAUGACUUAAAGGUUUUGCGCAAUAGAAUAUCUAAUAAGGAUGGCGAAAUAAGUAAGUUUCAAUUGCAAAUUGAUAAAAUGGAGAAAGAAAGAAGAAUGCUAAAAGGUGAAGUCCGCAAUAGUCAGUUGGCAUAUCAACAAACCCGUUCUGAGUUGCAGGAGAAACGAUUGGAAAAUGAUCAAUUUUCAAAGUCAUUACAGGAAGAUGAAAACAAACUAUCACGACAAAAGAAGGAAUUAGACAACAUAAUUCAGGAAAAGAAUUCUGUAAGUGUCCAAUUGACAAAAAGAACCGAAGAACUCUCUGAGCUCAAAGAUCGAAUGCAUAAUCUUCAAGCGGCCUACGAUCAAACAGAAAAACAAUAUGGACAAUGUCAAGAUGAUAUGCGUUUAAUGAGAGUUGAAAUUCAUAACCUUAGAACAGAGAGAAAUGUCUUGAGAAAAGAUCGUGAGUCUGCUGCAGACUUGAGGAAGGAACUCUUGCAAAUGCAUAGAGUUCUGAAUCAACAAAGGAUUAAAGCCAGAGCCUUGCAAGAUGAAAUGUUAACACCAAUGAAUGUUCAUAGAUGGCGUAAUCUUCGAGGUCGAGAUCCCGAGAAAAUGGACCUAAUUCACAAGAUCCAAGUCUUACGAAAACAAAUUCUAGCACAAAAUGUCAAUAAUUUAGAACAAAGCCGAGCACUCGAAGAGUCUCAAAGAUUGUACGAAGCUUUAAAGGAGUUUAUGCUAAAGCUACCGAGCUACAAAAUCAAAGAUGAACUAAACGAAGUUAAGCACAAUCUUUUUGUGAAAAAUCGUAAACUUAAAUCUCUAAUUGCUGAAUUAAAAACCAAAGAUUCCGAUGAACGGGCUAAAGAAACACUAGUUGAAGAUCUCAAAUCGAAUUUAUCUAAAGCAAAGUCCGAGUUGUCCAAUGAAAAAAAGAAGAAGCAAAAACUUUUAGAAGAACGACAGAUCAUAAAUCAAAUGCAGCAUCAAUGCUUUUCAGCACCUCCGACUUUUCAGCGAAGCUUAGGAGGAGGCUUUAAGAUUCCAUCAAGCUCAUAA